AUGAUUCAAGACGACGAUGAGAAGAUGAUUGUCUUUCAUCGCAGUAAUCAACUGGAAACACAGUUUAGCAUUGUCGACACCGACUCCUUUGAGGCCUCAGGUGAGGAGCUGGUUGACCAUGAUGAAAAACGCGUCUUCUUCGAAGAGGUCCAGCCAGUUGCGUAUCCACUUCAAGCUGACAAAAAGCCCAGGAACCACAGUUGGGGCUACUGGGUGGGUGUGAUGAUUCUCGCAAUCGGACUGGUUGUCGUCCUGGCUGGUCUGGUGUGGGUUCGCAACAAGUCGAUUCGUCGACGUCGGUAUCGAGCAUCUCCGAGUUUUACACAAAACUUCAUUACCACCACUGUCGGCUACGUAGCAGCAAAUGAGCAUUGCAGGGACGGUGAGGAGGACGAAGAGGAAGACGAGGAGGAGGAAGAAGAGGAGGAGGAUGAUUAUACCAAAAGACGGGAUCGUGAUGAUACAGAGGAGGACAUCUGGGUGCCCGUGUUGAGACCCAAAUUCGCAUCCAGGAGGUUAGCUCGAGCUGAAAUUAAGCCAAAACAGAGAGUGCACUUCCAAAUGAGCCGAGUCCUUCCACCACCACCACCAACGCCCUCACCAAUCGACAGUUCCUCUUCCAGCGAUUCAGAGAAUGAGAGCACGUCGGGUUUUGAGUUGGUGAAACCGGCAAGAUCCUGCAUGAAAAGUGUUGGACUGGAUCAAAAGCUACUUAUCUCUGAUGGGGAGGACACAGCAGCUGGUGUGUCGAGCACCACCCAUUCCAUCGACUACAAGCAUCCACUGGAGUGGACAGCUCAUGACUACAGCAGUUGCAGCCACAUCAGUAAAUGA